ACACUCUGAAGAUAACUGAAGUGCCAUAACAUCAUUGUGUUUCUGGUAGUGGUGGUGUGUGAUCGUGUAUUUACUGGCAUUGUGCUUGAAAGUUUUUCAAGAUUGUCUGAAGCUGAAUACCUAUGACAUAGAGAAUGCAUGAAGGCAAAAAUGGCAUAAUUUCAGAACAUUUUAUGACAAAUUCUGAUGAUGAAGGUAUAUACGAGAAGUUCAACGAUAGAAAAGCUUCCCUACAGUUGGAGAGUGUGCCACUUAAUGAAACAACCAAGCCAAAACCACCUGAGAGUCCACAGUUCCAACCUGUAGCAUUUUACAAGCUGUUCCGAUAUGCCACAUGCUUGGAGCGGUUCCUCGUGUUAGCAGGCCUGUUGCUGGGCAUUGCCACAGGCUGUGGUGUUCCAAUAGUAAUCAUUUUGUAUGGUGAGUUCACUACACUUCUGGUAGACCGUGCAAGUGAAAACAUCACAUCAACACCUACUUCAGUGCUGCAGAUCUUUGGAGGAGGGACAGUCCUAGUUAAUGGCAGUCAUGAGGAACGAUCACAAGCCCUGUUGGAAGACUCAGCUGCUUUUGGAAUUGGUGCUACUACAGUUGGCCUCAUACAGUUUGUUCUUGGAGUACUGAGUAUUUCACUCCUGAAUUAUGCAGCACAGCAGCAGAUAGGUCGAGUGCGGUGGAUGUUCCUGCAGGCAGUGCUGCGUCAGGAUAUGUCUUGGUAUGAUACUAACAAGACUGCAAAUUUUGCCAGCAGAAUCACAGAGGACCUAGACAAGCUGCAAGAUGGGAUUGGUGAGAAGAUGGGUAUCUUUGUGUACCUUCUCACUAAUUUUAUUAUUUCUGUCAUCAUAUCCUUCAUACAUGGAUGGAAGCUAACACUGGUGGUGUUAUGUUGUGCUCCUGUAGAGAUCUUCGCUCAAGCAAUAGUAGCAAAAGUACAAAGUUCACUGACAGCACAGGAGCUAGAUUCAUAUGGCGAUGCCGGGGCAGUGGUGGAAGAAGUGCUAAGUUCUCUGCGGACAGUGGUGGCGUUUGGAGGUGAGAACAAGGAAGUUGCCAGGUACACAGAAAACCUUCGGCCAGCCACAGCUACAGGCAUCAAGCGAGGCAUGUUCUCUGGUUUGGGAGCUGGCCUCAUGUGGUUUAUCAUCUACUGCAGUUAUGCUAUUGCAUUCUGGUAUGGUGUAACACUUAUCUUGGAAUCAAGAGAGAAUGGAGACUUCGAAUACACACCAGGUAUUCUUGUUAUUGUUCUCUUUGGAGUGCUCUCUGGAGCAAUGAAUAUGGGCCUGACAACACCACAUCUGGAAGCAUUCUCACUUGCAAGAGGAUCAGCAGCAGCCAUCUUUGCAGUGCUGGAUCAUGUACCUGAAAUUGACAGUCUUAGUAAAACUGGAGAUAAGCCAGCAGGACUCAUAGGUGACAUCCAAUUACAGGGAGUUCAUUUUGAAUACCCUGCAAGACCUGAAGUUAAGGUGUUACAAGGCCUCAAUCUGACAGUGAAGAGUGGUGAGACAGUGGCUCUGGUUGGCAGCUCUGGAUGUGGAAAGUCAACAAUAAUCCAGCUUGUACAGAGACUAUAUGAUCCUUCGGAAGGAAAGGUGUUACUGGAUGGAGUGGAUGUUAAACAACUGAAUGUGGGCUGGUUGCGGAGUCACAUUGGUGUGGUGGGACAAGAGCCUGUCUUGUUUGCAACAACUGUCAGAGAAAACAUUCGAUAUGGGCGAGAAGAUGCAACUCAACACGAGAUAGAAGAAGUAGCACGAGAAGCCAAUGCUCAUGAUUUCAUUUCAAAAUUACCUGAGUUAUGUUACCAGGGUUAUGAUACGUUGGUGGGAGAAAGAGGUACUCAGUUAUCAGGAGGACAGAAGCAACGCAUUGCAAUAGCCAGAGCCCUGAUUCGACGGCCAAAUAUUCUGCUUCUCGAUGAGGCAACCUCAGCACUGGAUCUGCACAGUGAAGCCAAGGUUCAGGCAGCUUUGGAUCGUGCUUCCAAAGGGCGCACAACAAUCAUGGUGACACAUCGGCUUUCAACUGUUAAAAAUGCAGAUCGUAUUGUGUAUAUUUCUGGUGGACAAGUGGUGGAGCAGGGAUCUCACAGUGAACUACUCGCCAUUCAAGGUUACUAUUAUUCUCUAGUCACUGCUGACCCAACUAUGACUCAAGGUGCUGGAGAUGGUGAGACUCAGCAGCAAGACAAUGGGAAUGCCAAAGGAAUUCUAGACCUUCUUUCAUCUAGACGACAGUCCACGCGUUCUCGAGCUGAAAGCAACAGGGACCAAGCAAAGACACCUCUCAUAGAGGAAGAGCAGUAUGAUGCCCCACUGAGCCGAAUCAUUGCUCUCAACAAGCCAGAGUUGUUGCAUGUCCUGGUUGGUUGCAUUGCUGCCACUGCAGUUGGAUGUGCUCUGCCACUGUUUGCAAUCCUGUUUGGUGAGGUCUAUGGAGUACUGUCUAUACAAGAUCCAGAGGAGAUACAAAGUGAAACCAAUUGGUACUGCAUCUUGUUUGUGGUGAUUGGCGUUGUCACAGGACUUGGAAUGUUUCUUCAGAUGCACUUAUUCAGUUUGGCUGGAGUUCGCCUCACAGCACGUCUGCGGGUGGCAGCAUUCAGUGCAAUAUUACGACAAGAAAUCGGCUGGUUUGAUGAUGAAAAGAACAGUGUUGGGACACUUUGUGCCAGACUUUCUGGGGAUGCAGCAAGUGUGCAAGGGGCCACAGGAUCUCGGAUUGCAGUAAUCUUACAAUCAACUUCAACUCUCAUAAUUGGAAUUGUACUAUCAUUAUUCUACUCUUGGAGGGUGACCCUUCUCUCUGCAGUAAUGGUUCCAGUUGUGUUUGCAGGAGUAUUCUUGGAGGCAAGAUUCAUGCUUGGACAUGGAUUAAAAGAGAAAACUGCAAUUGAGGCAGCAACAAAGAUUGCAGUGGAAGCCAUAGGCAACAUUCGCACCGUGGCAAGCUUGUGUGGCGAGCAGCUCUUCUUAGAUCAAUACCUGGUUGAAUUGCGUUUAGCACAACAGGCUGCCCGACGUAAAACUGGGCUACGAGGUGCUGUUUUCUCUCUUGGGCAGACAGCAUGGUUCUAUGGGUAUGGACUGAGUCUCUAUUAUGGUGGAUAUCUGGUUGCCACUGAGGGUCUACCUUACAAGGAUAUAAUCAAGAUAUCAGAAGCCCUCAUAUUUGGAGCAUGGAUGUUGGGCCAAACACUUGCAUUUGUUCCAAACUAUAAUGCUGCCAAGAGCGCAGCUGGACGGCUAUUUUAUCUUGUGGACAGGAAGCCUUGUAUUUCCUCACCAGAUGAGAAUGCAAAUGAAUUGAAAGCUGCAGGCAGCAUUGAAUAUUCAGAAGUGAAGUUCAAAUAUCCAACAAGACCUGAAGUGUCUGUCUUGCGAGGACUGGACCUGUUGAUAAGUCCAGGACAGAUGGUGGCUCUCGUGGGACCUAGUGGAUGUGGUAAAUCAACUUGCAUUCAGUUGCUGCAGCGGUUCUAUGAGCCCUCUCUUGGGACUGUGAGUAUUCAGGAGAAAAAUAUAGCUUCAGUGCCACUUGACUGUCUCCGGGCUCAGAUGGGUAUAGUGUCACAAGAGCCUGUACUCUUUGACCGCACAAUUGCUGAGAAUAUAGCCUAUGGUGACAACAGUCGUGAGGUUCCAAUGGAAGAGAUAAUUGAGGCUGCUAAGAAAGCCAACAUCCAUAGCUUCAUUUCUUCACUUCCUUUGGGUUAUGAAACAAGACUGGGCUCGAAGGGCACACAGUUGUCUGGAGGCCAGAAACAAAGAAUUGCCAUUGCAAGGGCGCUAGUGCGGAAUCCUAGGGUGCUGCUCCUGGAUGAGGCAACUUCUGCAUUGGACACUCACAGUGAGAAGGUAGUGCAGGCAGCACUGGACCAGGCAAAAGCAGGACGUACCUGUAUCACUAUUGCACACCGCCUGGCAACAGUGCAGCAAGCAGAUAUUAUCUGUGUGUUGAAUCGGGGAGUUGUAGCAGAGAUGGGAUCUCACUCACAGCUGCUAGAGAAACAGGGGCUGUACUGCCAACUGCUGCGGCAGGCAGCCGGCAACUGUGAACAGUAACCACAACAGUUACAUGUCAGAUGCUGUGUGAUGGAACACAUUUGUUUCAUAUGAACUGGAGAUGCCUUCCUUGGCACAUGUAUGCUCUGGGUCAUUUCAGUAAGACUAAAAAACUACUAGUAAUGUUCUAGGUCCCCUAUUUCUAAGUACUGUAUUAUAGAUUUAGGAUGAGAUUUAGAAAUCCAGAUAUAAUAAAUGUAAUCUCUCUCAGUGUAUAUCUUCUGAUGACAAUUAGCAAUGAGUGGACAGACAACAAUAACUUUAUUAACUAAAAAUAUUUUAAAAAUGGUUAAAGUACAGAAUGUCAUCUUAGGGCUGCGUCAAGCAGCCUCCGUAGUCUAGAGGUAACAUCCCCACCUCAUGACUCGUGGUACGCGGGUUCAAACCCGGAGGAGGU